AUGCCAGGACCUGGUGCGAAGAACGGUAAAACUCUGCAGGCGAGCUCUGUCGUACAGCCCGAUAACGAGGUAGCCCGUCUCCGGAAAGAGCUGCAGCUAUGCAAUCUCAAGCUCUCGCAAAUGCAGGCGCGUCUUAUGGCGACGCUCGACGAGCUCGACGCGUCGCGCAACGCCCAUCAGCUCGAGCUCAAGGCGGAACGACGCGCAAAGGAGAAACUAAGCGAGAAGCUCGAUCGUUACUUGGACGAAGUGAAGAGAGCGGAUGCCGAGAAGGAUGAGAUGCGCGAGGUGGUUUCGAUCUUGGUCGAGAAAGUUGAAGCAUGCAAUAAUUACUCUGCUUGGCCGUGUGCCCGCAUGAGCCUUACCCGUCCUCUCGAUACUUAUAUUGCUUUACAAAACGACAGCACACAAGUCGACCGUGACGGAGAGAUGGUGCGCACCGCGCUCCUCGCAACUUUGCAUAAGAAACUCGAGGAAGAGAGGCAUUCCCAUACGCGUACCAAGGAGGAGGCCGAUGCAGAGAUUCUCAGACUCAGAGCCAUGGUCGCACGACGCGAUGCAGAGCUUGAGGCAUGCGUUACCCACUCGGGCCAUCGAGUGCUAUUGUCGUCUUCACUGUCCACGGACAUGCACCACCCGCAGCAAAUCGCCCGGGCAGGUGGGCGUGCCCCAUGCACAUGUGAAGCCGUUCCAGGAUCAUCGUACAGAUCAUAUAGCGCAGUCUCUCAGGACGAGCGAGAUCCAGUAGUGUCCCUUACUGUUACUCGCCAACGAAUCUUAGAGCGGGAAGUCGAUUUUCUGCAAGGACAGCUACGGCACGCCCAAACAAGUCGGAUGAGAGCUACGACAGUGAAUGCCGAUGCUCAUACCCCUCCUCCCUCAAUCUUGCGGACAACGACGCGCCACUCGGACCUUGAGGUAGAAGCAUUUACUGCAGCAAGAUCCAGCAAGUCGGCAGAUGCACUAGAACAGACUCACCGUGCCCCAGUGUGUAUCCCUUCGAGUCCUCAAUUACGCCCGCGAACUGCGAUCGCUUCACCUUCCCCAUACGUUUUGACACCAGCGAAUGCGCGGACUCCCUCGCGUGCGCAUGGAUCGCAGAGUCCUCUGGAUCCUUACAUGACAUACGAUGUUAUUGAACAAGAACCAACCCCUGUCAGGAGUGCGCGCUUCGGUUCGGACGACCUGAAGCAGCAAAUUGAAGCUCUUUCAGCUGAAAUCGAUGCGUUCAGUGCAGAGCGGGAUGCCCUCAAGAAAACGCUCACCGACGCCCAUAUCCAGGAGCAUGUCGUUCAGAGUUCGGGAGCGCCACCUCCAACCGACGGUGACGGUGUUCCGGAGCUAACCCCUGCCCCAUCUUUGCAUCACGAAGCCUCGUGUGCUAGUGCACAUUGUAUGCUUCGCGAGCAACUCGAUAAGUUCAUCCUCGAACGCGUCCGCAGAGAGCAGGAAAUGCAAGCGGAGAUCGACGCUCUACAGCAAGCUCUCCUCACCCUACGCGCACAACAACGCGACUCCACGGACGAUGACGAGACGCGCUGUGCGCCCGGCGAUUCGAAAGUGCCUCUCGCGCUGCAAUCACCAUCAGCCCGCCCGUCCCCACCUAUUACCCCGGCGUCAUCGGUCCUAUCGCCCCUUCAGCACCUCUACCCGAGCCAUAAUGUACCCGCAGUCAACGUCAUCGACGAUGGAGACGAAUUCACGAGCGAGAAGCAUACCCAAAACACCGAGGUGGCCGACAACGGAGCCGGAAGUGAGAUGGAGGAGCAAUCCAUGGAGCUGGCGACACCCUUGCACCCGACGAUUCUCUCGCUAGCUGAUGACGACCUGCUCAUACCUCCGCCGAACCCGCCGUCGCUCCCAUCCAGCACGACCACGCACUCGUAUGUCGAGCCUUCCGACAUUCCUCUUCCUAUUUCUCCUGAUGGCGACUGGGCGGAUUCGCCUCCCUUAGCGUUCCGGCCCCCGCUCGUGUCGUCUCCCCCCCACCGUCAGGCUCCGUCACCAACCCUGUCUAAGAGCGCGCAUGCUUCGCCUCAGCUGCUGACUCGGCCUCCAAGCAUCUCGUCAGAUCUGCUCGCACGCGUGGAGAGCGCGACGCAGGCGCGCGUCGACGAGAUCGAGCGCGAGUUCAACGAAGUGCAGCGCAGUCUUGAUGUGAAGACACGCGAGCUUGAAGAUACGAACGCUGCGCUCGCGCAGCUUUGCGUCACGACUUCCCGGCUCCGUGGCGAGGUCACAGACGGCGACGCGGGCAGCUCGGGUGGCGUCCAUGCCCAUCGCGACCCCGAAAAUGCUCUGUAGGAAGCCCAUAGAGAAACUGUGGAGGGCGAGGGAGACGCGAGCGGCGUGCGCGGUGAUGUCGGUGGUGGCGCAUGCUGAUUGUGAACCUCCCAAUUCCGUUGAACUCCUGCUGGGGCGCUGGAGAGAACAUGCCCGCGUCUAUGUUCUUGUCCGCCCAUCGUGACCCUUCCGGCGCGACCCUGCAUCAGCUGUCUAUUAACGGCCCCGUUAAUGGAGUCAUCAGAUCCCGAGGUCGAAUCCAAGCCAUCUUACUUUUCAUUCAACUUUGUUCAUCGGUGCUGGCGUCUGCCGUACGUUCCUCGGGGCACUCCGCAGGCGGUGCCUGUCCAAACACGGGGAACGCUUCGCCUUUUGCUCUUCGCCCGAGCUUGAUGGUCACGUUCGCGCGGAGCAUGGAAUGCAAGAAGACGGGAAUGCGAUAGCGCAGGCGCAGGCGAAUACGCUCUCUAGCCGACACAAAUACUAGAAGCUGCUUCACAUGCUGCACGCACAGCUUGUAGAGCGAUCAGAGCGAUGGGGUGACGGAGGAAGGACGGGCGAAUGCAGCAAGGUUCUCGGUGGGUAGUAGGAUGCACCCGCUCCGGCUUCUUGAGCUGUGUCCGCUGAUGCAGUCAUACGUCGCUGUUGUUGGCUGGGGAGGCUUGGGGUGAUGGUACGCCCCUGUUCUGCACCUCCGCCAAGGUUUAGCUUCCGGAGGCGAGGGUAGCCCAUCACCUGAAGGGGAAGGCGCGAUGAAACUGGGUUUGGUGGGGUCGUCGGACUUGGACGCUUCUGCCGCGUAGGUCGGCGGAUUAUGCUUGAUGGCUUGGGAGAACGUUUCCGUUGUCGGUGUUGUAAGGCUCUACGGGUUUCCGUAGAGUGUGUUGUGUGUCUCAGCCAAGGUUAUGGCUAUGUAUACUGACUAGGACACGGACGGUAUGUGCUCCUUGAUUUGUUGUUGUUACCGAUAGCCCAUCGUAAAUGUCUGUUCGUCUGUCCAUUUGUCUAUCUUGGAUUUACCUUUCUGUCGUGUCAUGCACUUCCCGUAUCAUCAGUCGCGCUAUCCCCAUCUUCACCCCUCUCAUCUUAUUCGUCAGAAGUCCA